AUGAAAAAGAAAGUGGAAGAUGAGUUGGAGCAGCUGCAGGAAGCAAACGUCAUUACUCCCAUUCAGUUCUCCCGCUGGGCAGCUCCUAUCGUUCCCGUUCUGAAAAGUGACGGCACGGUGCGUAUAUGUGGGGACUACAAACUCACCAUCAACAGGGCCUCUAAGCUAGACGCUUACCCGCUGCCGCGGGUGGAGGACUUGUUCGCGACACUGGCAGGAGGCAAGACGUUUUCAAAGCUUGACAUGAGUCACGCCUACCAACAGCUCCUCCUGGACGUGGACUCAAAAGAGUAUGUCACAGUCAACACGCACAAAGGCUUGUUCAGGUACAACCGCUUGGUUUUCAGAGGGGCGUCCAGCCCAGCCAUUUUCCAGAGGACAAUGGACAAUCUGCUGCAGGGGAUCCCUCAUGUAGCAGUGUACCUGGAUGACAUCCUGGGUACAGGGGAGACGGAGGAGGAUCACCUCCACCAUCUGGACCAGGUGUUAAAGAGAUUCUCUGAGGCAGGGCUGCGCCUGAAGCGUAGCAAGUGCACAUUCCAAGCACAGAGUGUGACAUACCUAGGUCACAAGAUCACAGCGCAGGGUCUGUGUCCUGUGGAGGACAAAGUCAGGGCAAUCAAGGAUGCUCCAAGCCCCAAGAAUGGGUCAGAGCUCAAGUCGUUCCUGGGCAUGGUGAAAUACUAUGGUAAGUUCCUCCCUGAGCUGUCAACAGUGUUGGCUCCACUUUAUCAGCUGCUCCACAAAGACUGUAAAUGGAAGUGGGGGCCAGCACAAGAGAAAGCUUUCAAGGAAGUGAAAGCACUACCACAAUCAGCACAAUUUCUGGUUCAUUUUGACCAAGACAAAGAGAUCAUCCUGUCAUGUGACGCCUCGCCCUAUGGCAUCAGGGCAGUACUCUCUCAUCAGAUGGAGGACGGGUCAGAGAAACCCAUUGGAUUCGCAUCACGUACGCUGACGAGUGCUGAGAAGGGUUAUUCACAGUUAGACAAGGAAGGUCUGGCCAUAGUCUUUGCUGUGAAACGCUUCCAUCAGUACCUCUACGGUCGUCAUUUCACCAUAUGCACUGACCACAAACCACUGAUGAGCCUUUUUAGUGAAUCAAGAUGCAUUCCGCCCAUGGCUUCAGCAAGGAUACAGCGCUGGGCCCUGACACUGUCAGCUUACCAGUACACUAUACUGUAUAGAGCGGGGAAGGACAAUGCAAACACAGACGCACUCAGCCGUCUCCCACUACCAGAGAUGCCUGCCACAACUGUGGUGCCUCCCGAGACAAUUUUCCUAAUGGAGAGAUUGGCAUUCACAGGUGAGUUUGACAAACAGAUCAAACAGUGGACAGACCAGGAUCCUAUCCUGUCCCAAGUGAAAAUAUUCCUGAUGCAGGGUUGGCCUCCUGUCAUAGAGGAUGAUGGACUAAGACCUUAUGCAAAGCGCAAAACUGAGCUGAGUGUGCAGGAUGGCUGCAUACUCUGGGGGUCUAGAGUGGUUGUUCCACCCCCUGGCCAUGCACAAGUCAUGGAUGAGUUCCAUGAGGCUCACCCGGGUGCCUCCCGGAUGAAAAGUUUAGCCAGAUCUUACAUCUGGUGGCCUAACAUGGAUCAGGAGGUAGAAGACAAAGUUAAAUCAUGUUCUGAGUGCCAGAUCAACCAGAAGAUGGCGCCGCCCGCGCCACUACAUCUGUGGGAGUGGCCUGACCGCCCAUGGUCCAGGCUGCACAUAGACUUUGCAGGCCCUUUCAUGGGUCACAUGUUCCUUGUCAUGGUGGACGCGCACUCCAAGUGGCUGCAGGCGCACAUCAUGAGCAACAUCACAGCGACCACAACCAUCGAAAAGCUUCGGCAAGUGUUUGCCACCCAUGGUCUGCCCGGACUCUCUGGUGUCCGACAACGCAACAACGUUUACCUGUGA